AUGGCGUUCCAGCGAUUAUUAGUCCUCAUUAUGCUGCUCGCGUGCGUGUCGGCCAACUACACGAAAGUGCUCUGGAACCACCGAUGUGAUCCCGGUUCAGAAAUUUUCGCCUGCACUGUGCCGCACUUUCUCUAUAAACCAGGACGGAACCAUUCUACGUUAGAAGCACCGGACACAGUGCACAAGGUGCGGCUCGCUUAUCCAAUGGAAAAAAAAAUUCUUGAUGACAAUGAAAUCCUAGCAUACGAUCAGGUACUGCAUGCCACACUGCACCGACCGCGUGCGAUUCAAAUCACUAGUUGCAGCUUAACCACGGUUGAAUUUCCGCUCGACUUGGAGUACGCGGAUUUCGCUGACAAUUCCAUCAAAUCGGUAGUGGUUUCUAAUAAUGUGACUUCCGAAUACGCGUUACAGUAUCUGGAUUUAAGCGGCAAUAGACUUGAGAGCAUCUCAAAUUUAAGCCUGCUUGUGAACUUGAAAACGUUAAACCUGAAAAACAACUGGCUGGAGUCAGCCGACCUGUCGGUGGUGCUGCAUAUGGUUAAGCUUUCCGUUCUAGACCUUUCCAUUUGUGAAUUAGAAGAACUGUCCUUUGCCAGUCUACCAAAUACCCUCGAGUGGCUAUUGUUAUCCAAGAACAGUUUGUCUUCGCUGGAUUUAGCCGAUGUGCAGCUGCCGGCGUUGCAAGUGCUUGACUUGCAAUACAACAGUUUAGAGGAGCUUGACACAAACGCAUUGUUUGCAGCCGCUCGAAACCUCAAGGUGGUUUUGGUUGGAUACAACGAUUUCCCCAGGGAAAAAGCUAAAAGCAUCGCACACACUCUCCGGGAAGCUGACAUUACCCAUGAUAGCAUAAACCCUGCGGAAUCGCGCCAGAACGAGUGGGAUGAGCAUUAUCGCAGCUCGCAAAAGCAAGAAUUGCUGGAGCACAUCAUCAACGGAAUGCUCGUGCUGGUGAACGUGUGCGUGAUGUCCUGGGGAGGUAUGCGGCUCUACGAGGUGUUCAACAAGCGCAAUGCAACCCCUCAAUGACAUCCUUGGAGGAUGAUUCGUAGGACGCGAAUGUCGCGUGUUUUUCAAAUUGCAUACA